UCUCUCUCUCUCUCUCUCUCUACAGAGCAUGGAUUCAUCAAAUGAUGGUAAAGUAGAAAUGUUUUUCUUGCCAUGGAUUGUGCAAAGAGGUCACAUGAUCCCAGCCAUAGACACAGCAAGGGUAUUUGCAGCUCAUGGAGCUAAAGUGACCAUAAUCACAACUCCAGGCUACGCUCAGAUCUUCCAGAAAUCGAUCGAGAGAGACCAGUCAUUAGGUCAUGAAAUCAGCUUCCACACCUUCAAAUUACCCACCGCCGAGUUCGGCUUGCCUGAGGGAUGUGAGAAUCUCCUCGCCGGCUCGCUUGGCAUGAUGGAGAAGGUUUGCUUGGCCAUCCAGAAGCUUCAACAACCCAUCGAGCAAUUCAUCCGAGAACGCCGCCCCGAUUGCAUUGUCAGCGACAUGUUCCAUCCCUGGACUGCUGACGUUGGUGCCCGCCUCGCCGUUCCCAGGUUCUUGUUAUGUGUUACAGGAUUGUUCUCUCUUUGUUGUGAAGAGAGCCUUCGACGAUACACACCGCAAGACAAGGUAAGUUCUGAAGCAGAGUCCUUUGGUUUGCCUGGUCUUCCCGAUGACAACAUUGUAUUUACCAAGAGUAAAAUUCCAUACUGGUUUACAAAAAAAGGAACUGGUUAUGGACAAUUUGCUGACAACAUUACAGAGUCUGAGUUGAAGAGCUAUGGGAUUAUAAUUAACUCCUUUUAUGACUUGGAACCGGCUUAUGCUGAGUAUUUCAAGAAUGAAAUGGGCAGAAAGCUAUGGCUCGUAGGACCGGUAUGUCUCUUCAACAAUGCAGCCGAAGAAAAGGCUGAGAGGGGCGAAAAGAACUCCAUUGAUGAAGGCACAAUUUUGAAGUGGCUCGACUCCAAACAACCCAAGUCAGUAAUUUAUGUUAGUUUCGGGAGCCAGUCUAGUAUGGUUCCCGAACAGUUCCUCGAGCUUGCUCAUGCGCUCGAGGCUUCUGGUUGCCCAUUCAUUUGGGUGGCCAGAGAUAUGUCAGAGUAUGGCCAAGACGAGAAAGAAAAGAAAGAAGGAAGUGAAAACCGAGGCAAAAAGCUUCCAGAGGGAUUUGAGGAGAGGGUGACCAAGUCUGGGCAAGGGUUGAUAUUAAAGAAGUGGGCACCACAAUUGUUAAUCUUAGAACAUGCCAACACUGGAGGGUUCUUGACACACUCUGGAUGGAACUCUGUGAUUGAAGGGAUAGGAGCAGGCGUUCCAAUGAUCACGUGGCCGUUAAUAGCAGAUCAAUUCUUCAAUGAAAGCCUCGUCGUGGAUGUGUUGAAGAUUGGGAUUCGAGUGGGGAAUGAGAAAUGGUCAUCCUAUAUUUGGGAACCCAAGAUGAGUGUGACUAGAGAGAAGGUGGAGGCGGCGGUGAAGUGGUUGAUGGGUGGUGGUAGUGAUGAAGUGGAGGAGAUGAGAAGGCGAGUAAAAGAGUUGAGCGAGAAGGCUAAGAAAGCUGCAAACCCCGGUGGCUCGUCUAAUGCUGAUAUCAUUGCUUUGAUCAAUGAGCUUAAGUCCCGUCGGCCUAUUUGUGCGAAUAAUUUAUGAUUCUGGUAUCAAAGAAAGCUACUUGCCAAUAAAUUUUUUCUAGAAUCUUAUCUAGAAUAGUGAUGUAGACGUAUGAUUCUGAACCAAACAACUGCUCUUUUGUUUUUUGGGGGUGGCUGGUAUUACUGGCCAGAAUAUGACUAUGGACUCUUGAGUUAUCAGAUCUGUUGCAAGCCUUUUGUAAUGUUUGAUCUUUGUAGUGUUUUCGUAGGUGCUAAUAAUGUUUUCUUUCUUGGAAACUACUUGGAUUUGUCUGAAGGAAAAUUAUAUACAAUCCCACUUUCUAAAUUUA